AUGGAAAACAAUGCUGCCUUAGCUGAGGCCAUCAGUAUGUUGGCUGAGAACCUAGGUCAGAACAGGGCAGACCAACCUGAUCCCCAAGCUGAGAUGUUUAAGAAGCUAGCUCAAGUUAGGCCACCAGUUUUCAAGGGAGGUGUCAAUCCUACUUUCUUGGAAAACUGGAUUCGAGAGUUCGAUAAUUUAUUUGUGGCACUAAACUGUCCUGAGGGUAUGAAAGUUGACCAAGCUGCUAUGUACCUUAAAUAUGAAGUUGAUAUUUGGUGGAGAGAUAAUGCCGAAGCAAUUAGAGCCAAACCAAAUUUCGGGUGGGAAGUGUUUAAGAAUGCAUUGAGGGACAAGUUAGACUCCCCAUUUCUGAAGAAGCAGAAGGCUCAGGAGUUUAUAAGCUUAGAGAUGGGCCGAAUGUCGAUUUCGGAGUACUACAAUAAGUUUAAGACCCUUGCUAGGUUUUCCCCUGAAGUUGUCCCAACUGAAGAAUUGAAGUCUCAGAGGUUUGAACAGGGAUUGACUAAACAGUUAUAG